AUGACCCAAAAGAUCGAGUCGGAGCACGUCAUCCGGCUUUGCAUGGACGGCCGCCUACAAGCUGCUGCUGCUCAAGUGGCUGCAUAUCGAGGUCGUCCCUUGCACCUCCCACGUGCUAGACUUGCUGACGGGGGACAUCGGCAAGCUAAAGAGGGCGCAGGCACUGGUCGACCAAGCAAAAGAUAUGACCACGUUCCCUCGCAUCCACAACUUACACGGAUGGUGGUGCACGACGAUUCAAAGGCGAGGGGGAAGAAGGCGGCAGAAGAGCAGUUCGAGGGGUGGAUGAUGGAGGGGAUAUGGUGGAAGAAGGUGGAUAUCUUUUGUAAAGGUCUUGGAGCUGCUGCCCUUCAUGGUGAUGAAGAGGACAGAUUCGGCGGCAAAGGGGCUGAUAGGAGUGAUCUACAACAUCAUGCUACAGCUGACGGAGGAGUUGACGACGCCGUUGGAGGGCGAGGAGUGACGCUUGAGCGAGGAGGAGAAGGAGGUAAUACAGGAUCCCUUGAGGACUCGUUUGGAUAA